GCCAUGGCGGGCGGCUCGGCGGGCGCGCUGGCCGCGGCGCUGGGAGCGCUGGAUGGUGGUGGUGCAGCAGACAAGAUUCGUUUAAUACCUCAAGACUUUUUUGCAGAGCUGUGUGAGCAAAUAAUUCAACAUCUGAACCAUAAGAUCCCAGGUAUAAAUACAUCUGAAUUGUGUCAGAGAAUUCAGACAUCGGGGGUUGACAUUAAUAUUGGUGACCUGGCAAAAGUAGCUAACACCCUUUCAUUUCUGUUUAGGUAA